AAAUAGUAACCCUAUCUGAAUACUUUUUUUAAGUAAGACUUAACAUAAUGGGAUUAAUGGUUUUUGGUAAAAUCGCUGUGGAGACUCCCAAACACACGGUGGUCAAAUCCGGCGACGGUUAUGAGAUCCGUGAAUAUCCUCCGGCCGUCGCGGCGGAGGUCACUUACGACCCUUCUGAAUUCAAAGGGGACAAAGACGGCGGCUUUAUGGUGUUGGCCAAGUACAUAGGCGUGUUCGGCAAACCGGAGAACCAGAAGCCGGAGAAGAUCGCCAUGACUGCUCCGGUUGUGACCAAGGAAGGAGGAGGAGGGGAUGAGAAGAAGACGGUGACGAUGCAGUUUCUGUUGCCGGAGGUGUACAAGAAGGCGGAGGAUGCGCCGCUUCCGACGGAUGAGAGGGUGGUGAUUAAGGAGGAAGGAGGGAGAAAAUACGGCGUGGUAACGUUCAGUGGUACUGCGGCGGAGGGUGCGGUGAGUGAGAAGGUGAAGAAGCUGAGUAGUGAUCUGGAGAGAGAUGGGUUUAAGAUCACUGGAGAUUACGUCCUUGCUAGGUAUAAUCCGCCAUGGACGUUGCCUCCUUUCAAGACCAACGAAGUCAUGAUCCCUGUUGAAUGAGAAACCAUAACCAAAAAAAGUCAUAGCUUUUGGUCUCAAGAACAUAUGUUGUUCCACUUUGUGUUUGUAAAAGAACAAUAAUGUAUACACAAAUGCGAGCUUUUGAUUUUUAAA